GAAGUCUGGUGACGAGGUCAUGAGUGCUGAUACUGUCAGUUAAACAUGUUGAAAAUGACUUUUUCUUCGCAUAAAUGAUUAGAGUUUGUUAAACGACAGAUAUAAGACAGGUAUUUUUAUAGUUUGACGUGUUUUUCGGCGAAGAAAAUGUCUGAAGAAACUAAUUCUACUGAAGAAGGAAAUGGAAAAGUCACUCGGAUUAUUCGCAUGGGGACCAGGAAGAGCCAGUUGGCUCGUAUCCAGACUGACAGUGUGGCAGAGAUGCUGAAGAAGCUUUAUCCAGACCUGCAGCUGGAGAUAGUUGCCAUGUCAACAAUCGGAGACAAAAUCCUGGACACAGCAUUGUCUAAGAUUGGAGAGAAGAGCCUGUUCACCAAAGAGCUGGAAAACGCCCUCGACAGAAACGAGGUGGACCUUGUGGUGCAUUCUUUAAAAGACCUGCCUACCUCACUGCCCUCUGGGUUCACCAUCGGCGCUGUUCUUAAACGUGAAAAUCCUCAUGAUGCUGUGGUGCUUCAUCCGAAAAAUGCUGGACUCACACUCAACAGCCUACCAGAAAAGAGUGUGAUUGGCACAAGCUCCCUCCGCCGAGCAGCCCAACUAAAGAAGAGGUUCCCUCAGCUGGAAUUUGAAAACAUUAGAGGAAACCUGAACACUCGUCUGAAGAAGCUGGAUGAGAAAGAUGACUAUGAUGCCAUAAUUCUGGCUGCAGCUGGUCUUAAGCGCAUGGGCUGGGAGAACCGGAUCAGUCAGGUCCUGGGUCCUGAAGACUGCAUGUAUGCUGUAGGCCAGGGAGCGCUGGCUGUGGAGGUGAGGGCAAAAGACCGGGACAUUCUAAAAAUGGUGUCUGCUCUACACCACCAGGAUACUGUACUGUGCUGCAUUGCUGAGAGAGCCUUCCUCAGGCAGCUGGAAGGAGGCUGCAGUGUACCUGUUGCUGUCUACACAGAAAUUAAGAGCUCAGUGCUCUAUUUGACAGGUGCAGUUUACAGUCUGGAUGGUGCUGAGUGCCUGAAGGACACCAUACAGACGAACAUUCAGUUUGAUGAUGUGGUGCGUGACGGCACAGAAGAGCAAGUUCAUGUCGGAGUCACAGCAAACACCAUAUCACUAACAGCCCUGGAUGCUGCAGAAAAGCUGGGAGUGGAUCUUGCCAAUUUCCUGCUUAGUAAAGGAGCCAAAGACAUCCUCACCACAGCCAGGCAGCUUAAUGACGCUCAGUAAAGUUGUUCAGCUACUGCAGAGUGCAGGCAGCUUAUUCACACUAUAGCCUCUGUGGUGCCAGUCAUCUUCAACAUAAUAAGUCUAGACAAGUUUAUUGUUGAUUGUGCCUUAAAUUCAGGGUCCACAAGUAUGCACACACUGCCACAUUUGAACAUCACACACACAAAUCAUAGAUAUACACAGAACUUUAGGUUAAAGUGAAAAUCAUAGACAAAUAAAUGAUAUUUAACUGGAUUUAUAUGCUGCUGUUACCAAUGUGAUUACAACAUGUUGUCUUUAA